AUGGCUGCGGGAAGGUUACUGCUCUAUGCCGGCCUCUCUCUAGCUUUGUGUGCCCUGGGCAUGCUGGCGGUGGCGAUCUGCUCCGACCACUGGUAUGAAACGGACGCCAGGAAGCACAGAGAGAGGUGCAAAAGCUUCACCACCAGGAGAAACGACCCUGGCUUCAUUUACAACUCCAACAACAACCUGCCUCUGAGGGCCAGCAGAUCUAGGUUGGACCGCUGGGAAGGGAAACUCCUCUUAGCAAGGAACAGGAGGCAGCUCUUUGCUAUGAGCGCCGCCGAUGAGUGCAACAGACAGUACAACUCAACCAACAUGGGGCUCUGGAGGAAAUGCCACAGACUGGGCUUCGACCAAGAGCUGGAGGAGCUGAUUGCCAAAGGAGCAAUUGAUCAGUGCACGUACAUCAAGUACCACUACUCCUCAGCAACAAUUCCCAAGAACCUCACCUACAACAUCACCAAGACAAUCCGCCAGGAUGAGUGGCAUGCCUUGCACCUGCGUAGGAUGACGGCUGGCUUUAUGGGCAUGGCUGUGGCCAUCAUCCUCUUUGGAUGGAUUAUCGGGGUGCUGGGGUGCUGCUGGGAUCGAGGCCUUAUGCAGUAUGUAGCAGGGCUUCUCUUCCUCAUGGGAGGUACCUUCUGCAUCAUUUCACUGUGCACAUGCGUGGCUGGAAUCAACUUCGAGCUCUCCCGCUACCCCCGCUACCUGUACGGACUUCCCGAUGACAUCAGUCAUGGCUACGGAUGGUCCAUGUUCUGUGCCUGGGGAGGCCUGGGCCUCACUCUUAUAUCAGGCUUCUUCUGCACCCUGGCCCCUUCUGUCCAACCUGUCCCCAGGACCAACUGCCCCAAAUCCAGACCUGAGAAUGGGACAGUGUGCUAAAAUAAAUAAAUAAACCAAUGUGUGUAUAUAUAUAUGUAUACACAUACAUAUAUAUAUAUGUAUGUAUAGCUAUAUUUAUCUCAAACUGAUGCCAGUGCCAACGUAGAGCUCAGUUCAACAUGGCACCUGCAUCUCCACAGGACUUUCUGUUGCUUCGUUCUUUCUCACAGAGAUGGGAAAGCUUUUCUGUAACAUGGCUCUUCCAUCUAACUCUUAACUUCAGUAUCAUAAUGUAAAGGUCAAGUGAAAAUACUGUUGCAUCUAUCUACUGCCACCUGGGGUGGGUGGGGAAGCAGGUUAUAUGGAGGAUGUGAAACCUGAGUCUGUACAGGAUGUGGGGAACCAAAAACUAUCAACUGCAAGGCAAGAGGAGAAUACAAGCAACAAGAAAAGAAACAAAUCAACCAUUUGAGUCACCUCUAGAAUGUAACCUCCUCGAGGCCAUUUUCAAACCCCUACCACCUUUAAAAAAACAAACUGUCCCAUCAUUAUUUUUCUUCCUGCCUAAAAAGGGGAGGGGAAGCAUUUUCUCUUUGCCUGCCAAACUUUAAAACAAACAAACAAACAAAUAAAUAUGGAACAACAAACAAACAAAGAAGAAAAAACCAUGAGGACAUUUCAGCGGAUGUUCUAACAAUGCCGUUUUAAUCUUCCAGCUGCCUUACAUCCAGGCUUAACACGGAGGCUGAACUGCUAACAGAGACGCAGUGGGGGGCCUUUUGAAAAUGCUGUGAUACAUUAGCAGCCCCCAGGCACCUGAUCAUUUGCCGCGCCCGUCACCACUGCACUGACAUUUGCCAGACUAUAGGCUUGCCAAGAGGGUUCAUCUCCCAUCUGCCCAAGCAGUAACCUCAGGAUAUAGCCAGACUAAGCCACAACUCCGAAAGCUUUGAUUCUGGGUUGCCUUUCCACUUCCCCUUCAUAAGACGAUUCCUUCGCCUAAUAGAAGCCAUAAUCACUACUCUGACCCUGUGGCAAGGGUGUAUGGGCAGCCUGCCAUGAGAACACAACAUCACUUUGGUACCAGCCGCAAGUCAGGGGCUUGGGGAAGCACCUCCCAUGUGAAGGUUAGAGCAUCACUAAGACUCCCAGUAGCCCUGAGAAGUGAAAAGCCCAACUUUGCAGAUUCUCUGAGCCAUUGAGCCAACAGGACAGGCCUCCUUCUCCUGGGCCUGAUUGCCCACUGCUUCACACCUUGUGCAUUCAUUUUCCCCUUCUCACAGCAUGCAAAACAGUCGUACAACACUUCCAUUCAGAGCUGGGGGCAUUUUGCGCAAGGUACCAUGGGGACUGAGGCACGCAAUGUUAACCUUAUCCAUCCACAGUCCGUGCAGGCCAUCGGCUCUGGAGGCAUUCUCCUGCCAGAGAUAACAUAUGCCCUAGUCCCAUGCUGCACCAUUGACCAAAAGUUAUUCAGAAGGGUCCCUUCCCUUUCCCCCUUCUUCACAUUCUCUCUGCUGUAAGGAGAGAACACUCUUUUGCUAUGAAGGAAGGAAGGAGUCAACAGCCUCCCCCAGCUCUGGUUAGGAUCCAAUUGCCUUCACCCAACACUGCCACUAACAGCUCGAGAAGCUUAGCAUAACAAAUCAGUUAAAUGCCUGUGACCAGAUACAUUUCAGCACCUUUCCUAUGACAUUCCCAAGUAAAACAAUACAAGAGGCUGGUACAAGACACUGGUCUUGUAGACACUGUGGGUCAGCCAGAUGUUUAAAGAGGCAUCGCUAUAUUUCAUAUAAAUGCAGUGCAUACAUAUUUAAAAUAUAGGUGACAAUGAACGUAUACACUAUGAACCAAACACUGCAAGGCUGGAUGUAAAAGAUCUAAAAUGGCAUAUUAUUCCACUAUAUCGACGGAAUGUAUUGAUUUGUAGCAUUUAUCUAGCACUUUCAAAGUGCUUUACAAAUUUUAAUUAAUCCACACCAUACCUGUAUGAGGCCAGUGAGUAUUGUUAUACACAGUUUACAGAUGGGGAAUUGAGGCAGAGAGUGUAAUGACCUGAUUUUCAGUGGUACUGCACCCCCACAACUCCUAUUAACUGCAGUUGGCAUUUUAUGUGCUCAACACUUCUGAAAAUCCAGGCCAUAAGGGAUUUGUCCAGAUCUACACAGGGAGUCAGUGUGAACUCUCGGAUUAGAGCUCAGGAUUUCCUGGCUCCCAGUUCUGGGGUCUCAUCACCAGCAUAUCCUGUAAGACCCUGAUCCAGCAAAGCACUUCAGCACCUGUCUAACUUUAAGCAUGUGAGUCCCAUUGAUGGGACUAUGCAUGUGCUUAAAUUCUUUGCUAGAUCUGGAUCCAAGUUAAAAUACACUAAAUCAGAGCAUAUUUUGCCUAUUGAGAUAUAUGUUCAUUUCUGAUUGUGUUCAAGCAUUGUCCAAUACAUUUGAACUAUAUGUGCAGUUAAUUUGGUAUGAAGUAACUCAGCCAUGUGGGACUUUUUUUAGUGAAUCAAACAUAAUCAUUCACUCCGCCAGUCGCCAUACAGUUUGGUUUUAUUUGCAUAAUGAAAUCCCAUGGGCUAGAAGUAAAUGAGGAUGGCAUGUCCUGCAUGGUUCUUACUUCUGUGCUGUCGCCAGAGACAAAGUGGGUCCUGUGGCUCAUUGGUGCUAAAAAUAAAAUGAAUAAAUAACUAUUAUGUUAGGUUGUUCUGAUAUGAUGUGAAUAAAUGUGUUGUUUCAUUUUACAAUUAAUGCUACAUCUUACCAAAUCUAUUGUACUGUCCGUUCCUUCUUGUCAAUAAUUACAGAAAAAGUGAGCAGAGCUAGUUUUAAAAAAAAAAUUUAUUGUUCUAU